UUUGUAGAAAAAUUUGUUACACCUGAUGGAUAUAAAUAUUUUUCUUUGGGAUGUAGAGAUAUCGAUAAAUGUUCUGGAGCUUCGGCUUUUGGUAAAAGGAGUAACGGAAGCCUUGUGUUGAGAAACAAUAUUCCUGUAGAAGAAGUAAGCGACAAUGGCGACACAUCAUUUUGCCGUGCCUGCUGCAAUGGGAAAGACAUCUGCAAUGUUGACAAUUUGUGUGGUUCACCAGCCCCAAAUAAAUACGGCGGCCAUAUUUGUUUUCAUUGCCCACAAGUGGAACUUCCGGAAAAGUGUAACCAAAUAACCUUAUGCGGUCAAGGUCAGUCUUGUAAAGUGACCCAAUACAUCAACAGGUUUUCCAAGAGGCCAAAUUACAUUUCUGGAUGUGAAGAACGCAAUGAAUGUUCUUUUCUAAAUGACAACACAGAAUGCUGUACUUCAGAUUUCUGUAAUGACAAUCUACCUUGCAAAGUAAAGCUAAGCGGGAAUCCAGUCCUAAGUAAACCAUAUAUUAACCAAAAUAAAGAUGUGAAAUUUAACUGCACAUUUGGGACUUCUACAUCCAGGAUUGACGUUCUGUAUAAAGUGACUUGGACUGUAGAUGGUCGCCCUCUGCUGAACAAAAAUGGAAACAUCGAAUUUAAAUGGUUAACUUCAAACGAACGCAUUACGACCUUAGAUGCAUAUAACCUUCAGGGAAACCUUAAUAAAAUGCUCCGAUGUAGCGUUGAACCACAUUGUAGUACUGGCGAACGCAAUCCGGCCUCAUACAGUAAUGGCUACUGGGUAGGAAUAAAGAUAUCACCACAGAGAAUAUCCCAUACUGUUAACCAGACUUUAACACUGGAAUCAACAUUACCAAUAAUCAGUGGUGAUCCUGUAAAAAAACUUUCCGUUGGUCUACAGAUAGAGAGCACAGGUCAGAAUAUGACUACGUGUAGUUACACUUUUAAUAUGGACCCGUUUACUGGAAAGUACACAAGUUCUAUACCUAUUCAUAUUAAACCACACUCUUUUUACCAGACUUCUGACAGGGUAUUUUUUAGACAACUGAAGAAUUUAAAUUUUCACACAUUUUGGGACUAUAAUUUGCCAGUUGUUCAGAUAGGAAGGUACAAUAUCAGUCAUGAUGUCUAUCAUAGCUGUGAACUUAAAGAAGGAAUGGUAAAUACUUUUUAUAAUGCGACACUUAAUAGUAGUCAAGCAACAUAUCUAGAACUUUACAAAACAGGUUCAACACCUACCAUUGAGGUCCAGGUGAAGCGACAACCUUGUGGAAGUAAAGUAUGCACUUGUGCAUUAAUUGUUCGUGAAGGAAACGACGCCGUACAAAUAGAUACAUGUGGGCAGACGACAUCAAUUAUUCCAGAAGUAACGUUUUUAUCAAACACUUCGGAAAAUCACAUUAGCAUAGACCAAUCUGAAGACGGUUUAUUUUUUCUCGUAACAAUUUUGUCCGGUUCAAAUAUAACAGUAAAUUUGACUGGGUCAGAUCAAGACAUGAAUAUAGCUUUAUCUAUCUUAGACCUCGACUUGAAUUCUCCUGAGGGAUUUUGUGGAAAUCAAACAUGGUAUUUCAUACCAGGUGUUGGAAAUAUAGCACCAAAUGGUCAAAAUGAGACAGAUUUCCUUAAAACAUGGACAAUACCACAGAAUUCAAGCAUUUUCAACACUGGCAUUUCUUUUGAUCCAAAUAACACAAUUACUCACAUUAAGUAUUGUGACUGUGUAAAAAGUACAAUUACAUGUGGAACAAAAAUAUAAGAA